GAUACAGUUGUAGCUGUUUCCAACAAAGUUCAGUGAUGAAAAUUGUUAUUUUUAGCGAGAAACCUCCAAGUUAAAGAUGAAAGGAAAACACUGGGACCGUUUCCGUUCUGACAAGGUGACGAGUACAGCAUUUUCCAGCUAAUUUGUCAUGGCACCUUGCUAAGAGUGACUCUUGUCAUGCACCCCACUGGGACCAUGGAUGUGGGCUUCACGAGGUCUGCUGUUCAGACCCUGUCCAGGAGCCACUGCAAAAACAUCAAGCAAAAGAUCUCCCAGUGGGAAGGAAGAGCCAAUGGUGUAACUCAGCCAGCCAAGUUUCACCCAAAGGAUUUUGGUGUGAGAUAUAAUAACUGCCACCAGGAGCGUCCUCCUCAUAAGCAUCCCACCGGUGAGGAAAGGAAUGGGGAUUUACCCAGAAACACAGAUGCCAAAAGCCAUGAUCAAAGUGAGGGUGAAAGCGAGAGUCGAGAGCGUAAAAACUCCCACCCCUUGGAAGCUGAACCAGACUCCAGCCGCAUGUGUGCCCGGGUCAAACAAAUAGAAAGCUGCCAAGCUGUUGCUGUGGAUCCAGAGGCUUCGCUACCUCCAGGAAACUUCUAUACCUCACAGAUACCGUGGAAAAGCAUAGAAGGGCUUACCCCGAAUAAAGUCUUCACUGUGGCCUUAUCACCUUGUGACUCUACAGAAGAGGAACCGGAUCUCAGUGUUCUGGAUAGUUCUUACAGAGUAACCAAGAGCUUGGAAAAUAUUUAUUGUGAACCUGAGGGGCAGGAAUGUGGCCCCUCUAUAAAUCCUUUGCCCAAACCCCGUAGGACAUUCAGGUAUUUAUCUGAAUCUGAUGGCAUGCCAUAUAAAGAAAGGAACUGUGACCAAAAGUACUGUGAGAGUGUUUCCUGUGCAGACUCUUCGUUGGCCUCUUCUCAGGAUCCCGAGCCGAAGAGAUAUGGCGGGAAGAUCAGAGGGAGGUCCAAAAGGAAAUCUUUUGAAUUUGAAGAUAUUCAGCACUUUCGGAACUCACGGAAGAUUCAUGAAGAACUUGAGAGAAAUGCUGGCUCAGCACUUUAUUACACACAGUCGGAGGAUAAUAUCUAUGAGGAUAUUAUAUACCCAGCCAAGGAAAAUCCCUAUGAAGAUAUCCCAGUGCAGUCAUUCCCCAUUUGGAGAUCCCCUUCAGCAUGGAGGCUGCCACCUGCUAAGAGUGCCUUCCGAACACCCAAGCUUCCUCCCAAACCCCAGUUCCUUCAGCGGAAGACUAUGGAACUGAAGAACACUCAGGCGUAUUUGCGAUCAAAAUUCACGAAGGAUACCACUUUGCCUGUCACCUUAACGGAAUGGAAACAUUUCCGAGCUGGAGAAGUGGCUAACAGGAAAAAGAGAAAUCUCCCACGGCUUGUUUUGAAAAUCAAUGAUACGUUUGAAUCUAAGAGAGGGAAGAAGAGGGUAAAGUUACAGCCUUACACCGGAAAAGAAGCCCCCUCCUCGAAAGGUGAAACCAGUGGGAACGAGAGCGAUGCUGAGUACCUGCCAAAGAACCGCCACAAGCGCUUGGCACAGCUGCAGCAGUCCUCCAAGAGGAGCCCCCACUACCAGACCUUGGAGCGGGAUCUGAUCGAACUGCAGGAACAGCAGCUUUUUGAACUCUUCGUGGUGGUUUCUCUUCAGAAGAAGGCAUCAGGGAUGGAGUACAUGCCCCGGGUAAUACAGCAGUUCCCUAGCAAGGGUGACCAUGGCUACAAGCAGUCCAAAGACACUGAGGAGAGGCUCAAAGUCAUCCCCAGAUUUUGUUUUCCUGAUUCUGAGGACUGUGCACCAACCUUAGAACUCAAGAGUGAAACGUUCUCCUUCGUGCUGACUGGGGAAGAUGGAAGUCGGUGGUUUGGCUACUGUAAGAAGCUUUUGCCAGAAGGCAGAGGGAAGCGGCUCCCUGAGGUGUACUGCAUGGUUAGUCGCUUGGGCUGUUUCAAUCUUUUCUCAAAGAUUCUGGAUGAAGUAGAGAAGAGAAGAGAAAUGUCCCCAGCCCUUGUUUACCCAUUCAUGCGAAGUGUCAUGGAAGCCCCUUUCCCAGCUCCUGGCCGCACCAUCACAGUUAAGAGCUACCUCCCUGGGGCUGGAGAUGAGUCAAUUGAACUCUGCCGACCACUGGACUCACGGCUGGAACAUGUGGAUUUUGAAUGUCUUUUUAAGUGCUUGAGUGUGCGCCAUCUCAUCCGGGUCUGUGCCUCCCUCCUUCUCGAGCGGAGGGUAAUCUUUGUUGCCGACAGCCUAAGCACCCUUUCAAAAUGUGGCCAUGCCGUGGUGGCUACACUGUAUCCGUUCACCUGGCAGCACACGUACAUCCCAGUGUUGCCAGUGUCCAUGAUUGACAUCGUGUGCUCACCUACUCCAUUCUUUAUUGGGAUCUUGUCUUGUUCCUUACCCCUACUCCAGGAUCUUCCCAUUGAAGAGGUGCUGAUAGUCGAUCUCUGUGCAGACAAGUUCCUACAGGAGGUGUCUGACGAGGAUGAGAUCCUGCCACCUAAACUCCAAGCUGCCUUGGUGCGGAUUUUAGAAGAGCGAGAUGAAGUCUUGGCCCAGGAGCGGCAGUUUUCGCAAGAUGUGACUCUCAAUUCUCUGGUAUCAGAAGCAUUUGUCAGGUUUUUUGUGGAGCUCGUGGGGCAUUAUUCUCUGAAUAUGACUGUCACGGAGCGUGGGGAGCGUGUGUUCCUAAGGGAGCCAUUCCGGAAGUCCCACACCUCCCGAAGUGUCCGCCACUUCCUAGAUCUCUUCAUGGAGACACAGAUGUUUGCAGGGUUUGUCCAGGACCGGGAGCUUCGGCAAAGUGGAGUUAAAGGUUUGUUUGAAGUCCGGGCUCUUCAGUAUUUAGAAACAAUUCCUGAGUCGGAACCCAGCGGGGUGAAUAGAAUUUUACGGAGUCUUGGAAGCAAAAUGAGAUUUCUUCACAAGAAGUGAAAUCUUUGUCUUCAUUCUACGCAUAACUGAAAGUGCCAAGGACAGUAUGUUCCCAAGGAUCUGGAUGCUUUGAGGAGCCCUGUGAUGUCCUUGUGAUUGUAAGAGGAGAAAAACUGUCAGAGGGCUCUCCUGUUGCUGCAGACCAACUGGGAACAGUGUAGAACCAGUGCGCGCUGCUCUUCUGAUUCGGGGACUGUUUGCCUUUGAGACGGGGUCUGUAUAUAUAGCUCUGACUGUGAUAGAACUCGCCACUGUGGAGAUCAGGCUGGCCUCAAAUCCUGAUCUCACAAAUCUCCAAGAUCUUACGAAGUGUGCUUGCCUCUGCCUCCCAAGCGCUGGGAUUAAAGGCAUAUGCCACCAUGCCUGGGCAAGUUACUUUUACUGUGGUGUUUUAUCUUUGGUUAUUGAUGAGCACAAGAAGCUCCACUUUGUGCUUAGUCUAUGAAAGUAGUUGUCUUUUACAAGAGAAAGACUGAGAAAUACUUGGUGUUGCAUUUUCUAAAAACAAUGCAAAGAUGAGAUCAACGAGAGAUAAGAAUACUGAGAGUUUCAGGUACUAGACACAUGGAGGACACCAUGGUCACACGAUUCUUAUUACUGAAGCAUCGGGUUACUUUAAAUCCAUGGACCGUUUGUGCUUUGAAAUUCCAGUACUGUCGCCAUUGAUGACCCCCUUUUGUCCCAUGUCCUAUCUUGGAGGAUUUCACUCAUGUUAGAACUUAAAAAAGCAGACACCAUGCAGGGCCCCCGCAGAAUACGUGUCCUGCUGGGAUAACUCGCUUCUUAAAUGUCAGCAUUAUGCUUUAUGGAAUGGAGCCAAUAUGAAAAUGUCCUUUUAAGGACAUAGCUUCUGUUUAUUGAGUUUUGGUGUCUACAAUUUGCUGCACUGUGAUAAUCUAUAUGUCAUCUUAUUCAAGCUUUAGAUCAGCUUCAUGAUGUUUUACAGGAAACGAGUUCAGAGAGGCUAAGUAAUUUGGCCGGUUAUAUACAAGACAGAACUAAGCCAAACACUUGACUUACGAACACAUACAAAGCUGGUUAGUCCUGCAGGUGUAAAUGAACUGUUUAUAGUGAUGUUUAAAGUUAGUGGAGCACACCAGAGCUUCCUCUUGGCUCUGAUGAGACUCUAAGCUGUGGGUGUCUAGGCAAGGUUUGUUCCUCUGCUGCUGGUGAUAAAACCCAGCAUCUUCUGUGCGUUCUGCCACGCUGGUUAUUUUUACAUCAGUGUGAGUUUCACUUAGUGUUUCCUAAGCCUAUACCUCUUCAUCAACCAGAUACUGGAAAUCUAAAGUCCUAGGGCCUGGGAAAGGGAGUUUGUCAGUGAGGGUGCAGUUUUCAUUGAGAGGUGAUAGACGUUGUGAUAAAUGUCAGUUGUUUUCUGUAGCCUUUGCUCAUGGCUUUACCUGGCAUGGAAAAUAUUUAUUCAGACUUGGAAAGUGUUGUACGUUGUGUUGUACACAACCGACUGUUGUACAGUAUUGUUAUUGUCACUUAUGCAGCUGUAUUUGAAUGAAUCCAUUUAAGACUGGUGCUGUGCAAUAUAGUUCCUAGAUGUGGUCCAGGGAAGAGACUGAGCCUGUCUUUUAAAAUGUUAAUGCAGCUUAGCCCCGUGGAGCUCCUCCCAGACACCUCUCUCAUUUGGGCUCUCCUUACACUCCAAUCCCAAUGGAACAGUUCCUAACUGAUUGUGUAUAAGGUGGGGUAGGAGGGUCUACUGUGGUCAAUCAUGGCUGAGUGAGGGUCUUACCUUCUUACAGUCUAAAGCUGCUUCCUUUCCUUGAGUUUGUUGUACUUUGUUUUUGUAAAUGUUGUGAAUUCUACAUAUGUUUGUAAAGAGAAUUGUUCAAUAUUUCUAUCAAAUGUUUACAAAUCUUUUAAUGAAUAAAGACAUUUUAAAAAAAAAA